CGCCUCUUCCAGUACUGCCCUCCUCCUCCCGCCGCCGCUGCUCCCUCCCAGCUCAGCCUCACAGUCCCACCGCUCUCCGGAGCGUAGGAACCGCCAGUGGAGCUCCAGCUUUCCUUCUUUUAACUUCAGGACUAAAAACAGGACUAAACUCAAUGCGCUUCUCAACCUAGCUGAAGACCAGCGCCGAGCGCAGAUUACUUCCCCCGAGCGAGCAGAGCCGUGCAUUUCCCGUGUACAGUCAUGGCCUCUGAGUGUUUCUGGGCAGCACUGUUUUCCUGGCUGGUUUUGGUAAUAGCACAGGAUAUGCAGUACGAGCACCAUCUACCUGUCCCUGAGAUUGUGCAAGUGAAUGAGAGUGGUGAUUGGAAGAUACGCAUUAAAUGGAAGGAUCAUUUCACCAAUACCAGCAGACCAGAGAAAAUCACCUACGACGUAGAGAUCUUUUAUACUGAGCAGAUGAGGCUUGUGCAUAAUGAGACAAUAGAAGUGAAGCCACAUGUAACGGGUAUUUAUCACUGGAGCUGGACUUCACCAUUACCUCUCCAGUGUACCUCCCAUUCAGUCCGACUGCGCUACAAAGACCACGGCCAGACCAGCAACUGGACGAGUUUCUACAUUUUAAAAGGAAAGGACUUUAGCGAGACUUCUGAGACUCAGGUGUAUCCUAAAGACCAUGCUGCUCGAGUCGGAGACAGCAUCGAAUUCUGCUGCAUCUUAAAGACGGAGAGCAUCGCUGGAUUCAAUUCCUCGAAUUUUACAAACCGAAUCAGCAGCAGGACGUACACCACAGGGCCGAUUCUCCUGAAUACGCCCUCUAAAUCAGCAGGCAUUGAUAUGCUAUGCGAUCGUACAGGCGCCACGUAUUUCAUAGGCAAUGCUCCUGAUGAUCACAGUCUUACAUGUAAAACUAGAGAUCUCAGUUCUGUGGAGUGUCACUGGGAGCCAGGGAGGCAUGUAGGGGAUGCAUAUCCCUACAUAGUGCACUACUCGAUCAACGGAAGGGAGUGUUCAGACAGUAUUAAUAACAUGUGUGUCCUGGAAGGGGACAUAAACAAGGGGAAGACCACUUGGACACUGACCGCCAAAAAUCACCUUGGGGAGAAGAACAUCAGUGAUGCAGCUGAUCUGAAACUCAGGGUUCAUCUCGGAGCACCUGAGUUUGCUAAUGCAGUUUCGGUCAAUGCAAGGAAUGCCACACUUACAUGGAAUUGGAGCAACAAACUUUUAAAUUCUUUUCCAAUGAUUUGCCAAGUGGAGCUCAAUCACCACAUUAUUGAGAAAACAUUUGAUGGAUUCGGACUCCAGUCAGCGCUGUUAUCAGACCUGCAGCCCUUUAGGGAUUAUACAGCUCGUGUGCGCUGUGGCUCGCGGGAUCAUUUUUAUGAGUGGGGUGACUGGAGCAACAUCAUCAGUUUAACUACAGAGGAAGACAUUCCAGAAGCCGUAGACGUGUGGAUGCAAGUUCUUGAUAGGCAAACUUACAUUAUAUGGAAACAUCCAACUGUGGAGCAAAGUAAUGGGAUUAUUAAAGGGUAUGAGCUGCGUGUAGGAAGCCCCUCUGAUGCCACCAGAGAGCCAAUCAGCAAAGCCCCGAACGAGAGCUGUCAUCAACUCAUCUCAGGAAGUUCAGAGAGAGAUACCUCCAUCUCCAUCUCCACCAGAAACUCUAAAUAUAUCUCUCCUCCCUCCACCAUCAUCAUCCCCAGCCUGGGAUCAGAUAAUGAUAUCACCUCUCCCAUCAGUGGAUAUAACAGUGUUUUUAACGUCUCCUGGGAGCCAAGCCCUUAUUCCAGCUGUGGCUAUGUGGUGGACUGGUUUCCAACAUACAGAGCAGAGAUGUGCGCUGUGAACUGGACGAAGACUAAAGUCCCCUAUGCUACAGUUGACUUAGGUCUGGAGAGCGGGGUGAAGUACACGCUCUCGGUCUACGCCUGCACCUCAGGAGCUCCGCAGCUGCUGGAGAGGAGAAGCGGCUACGCGAAAGAGCUGCCUCCAUCAGGAACAGUUCAGGGUCUAAAAGCAGAUCUGCAGGGCUCUGAUGUCAUGCUUUCCUGGGAAGAUGUGCCUGAAGAGCAGCAGAACGGGGUUAUUCUGGGAUAUAAAGUGUAUUACACUGCCAGAAACACUGGGGAUGGAAAUGAGCGUUCUGACACUUCUGUUCAGGAGACAUCAGAACGAGUGUGCAAGCUGUCGAAUCUUCGUGCUGGUGAUUAUACUUUCAAAGUGAAGGCCUUCACAUCUGCAGGAGAGGGUCCUGAAAUUACAAUCACACGAAAUGUCAGUUUACAGGCGUACAUUCUGGUGAUCAGCAUUCUCACAGCGCUGGCUACAGUGGCCUUCAUCAUCACCCUCAUCGCCCUGUGCAGCACCAAGAGGGAAUGGUUAAAGUCCAAACUGUAUCCAGAUAUUCCUAAACCACAGCUUUCAGAGCGAUGGCUGACGAAGGGGUCUCAGCUCUACCUCGUGAUUGAUAAGGUGCUGCUUUCAGAAAAAGAGAUGCUCAUGUCGAAAAACCCACAGGCGAGUCUGCAGGUCGUGCCGCUGAAGAUCCAGAAAGAGCCUGAAGAUGUGGAGCUCAUGCCCAAAGACUCCUCUCAGAAAAGCUCUCGCUGUUCUAAAACCGCCUCUCUCAUCAUCCUCGACUCUUCUUACACCAACGUCCCAAAUCCAGGCAUUCAGAACCCCACCUACAACCUGCCCCUGACUGAACCAGCUUACGCAGCGUUAGGAUACCGUCCUCAGGUACAGAACCCCAACAGCCGGGUCCUCCAGACCUGCGACAGCCUGCCUAUUCAGAUGGACUCGGACUAUCAGCCGCAGUCAUCGGUUACUCUGCACUGUCCUGCAGUAACUUAUAACACCGAUACAGCAUCAGACUCCACUUUAAUCAGCUGUCCUGAAUAUCUGCUUCAUAAUCACUGUAGUUAGUCCUGCAGUGGCACAACACUGUACACAACAGUACACAGUAUAUCAGCUGCAUUUAGUUCAAAACUGGCAUUGUUAUAAAGUACUUUUUACUUAAAAAUUAUGCAUUUUUUACACCUGCAUUGUUGGGUGCAGACUUUCAGACUUUUUUCCGUUUGGUCCAAACCAAAACAGCAGGUGUGUAAGGAGUCGUGAACCAAUAGAGAUGUUCUCGUCUGGAUCUACUGAACCCUGAACUGGUUUGUCCACAGUGUGAAAACUCUUUUCUACAGCGUUUGAAGGUUUGAAGGUUUAAAGGUUGGACCAAUAACAGGGAGCCUUGAAACAAUAGAAGAUAAAAAAGAAGCUGAAAAUCUGACUUCCUUUGUCGUGCAGGCGCGUUUUUUUUUUUUUUUUUUUUCGUAUCUACUGACUUAUAUUUACUGAUUUCUGUAUCUACCGUAACUGUAGAUUAAUGGAAAAACACAAGAGACCACUUAAAAAUUACACCUUUCUUUUAUUUGACCAAUUUACCAAAGGAGAGUCGAAUUCUGUCAGAGAGGCUUUGAUUUAUUUUGACACCUGGAACACCUGGAAAAGCAACUUGCAGAGCUGACAGAAUAAUACAAACCAAUCAAUGUGAAGCACACUACCAGUCAAAACUUUAGGCACACCUUAAAUUCGAAAUUCACUGUUUUUUUAUUGUUAUAAAAUGUUCUGCAUUGUAGAUUAAUACUAAAGUCAUCCGAACUAUGAAGGAAGAACAUAUGGAAUUAUUUAAUAAACAAAAAAGUGUUAAACAAACCAUAAUAUAUGUUUUAUAUUUAAAAUUCUUCAUAGUAGCAACUCUUGCUUAGAUUAGACAGCUUUUAUUUAUCUCUGCUGGAUUUUCUCAGUCAGUUUUAUGUGGUAGAGUCACCUGGAAUUCAGUUCUUUCAGUUAACAGCUGUGCUGAACUCAUCAAGAGUUAAUUACUUGAAUUUCUUGUCUCUUAAUAAAGUGUUUGAGAGCAUCAGUUAAAGUAAAGUAGUGAAAAGGUAGAGUUACAGGUAUACAGUGAAUAGUGAAUAUUUGAGUAAUGUUCUAAUCCAGAUUAUGAGAAGCAAGAACUACUCAACUAAAUAAAGAAUUUAAAAAAUAUUUAAGAAAUGAAGGUCGGUCAAUCUGAAACCUUUCAAUAACUUUCAAGAAAGUAUCCUCAAGUGCAGUUGCAGCAAAGACCAUCAAAAGCAUUGAAAAAUGAUAAAACUGGCUCUCAUCAGGAAUGCCUCAGGAAAGGAAGAGUAGGAGUUUCCUCUGUUGUACAGGAUAAGUUCAUCAGAGUUACCAGCCUCAGAUAAGAGCAUCUAAAUGCUUCUUCACAGAGUAUUUUGGUUUGUUUAACACUUUUAAGUUACUACAUGAUUCAUUAUGUGUUUCUUAAUAAUCUGGAUCACUUUACUAUUCAUUUACUAUGUAGCUCUGUAGUCAGUAAACUGCAGUGUGAAACCAAAACUAACUGGACCAAAAAUAAAUGUACGGAAUUGAAUGUAGCAAACACAUGAACCCUGGUUUGGACUCGGGUCUGGAUCUCUGUGUGUGAAAAGACCCUUAAUGUUGUAAAGAUUGGUUUAUAUCUUUUUGUGUUACAUGACUUUUGUGUGUAUAUUGUUCAGAAGUUGUAUUAUAUAGUAUUUUGUAUUUGAAAUAUUCAAAAUAAACACAUUUUAUUUCUAA